UCUGGAUUUAUCGCUUCAUCAUGGCCCUAGCGAACGGAGAUUCCAAAGUCAAACCGGACGGUCUGAUCGUGAGUUUCGGCGAGAUGCUCAUCGAUUUCGUCCCCACUGUCUCCGGCGUCUCUCUCGCCGAAGCACCAGGUUUCUUAAAAGCCCCCGGUGGCGCUCCAGCCAAUGUCGCUAUUGCUGUUUCCCGUCUCGGCGGCAAAUCGGCCUUCGUUGGGAAACUCGGCGACGACGAUUUCGGUCACAUGUUGGCUGAGAUAUUAAAAGAUAACGCUGUUGAUAUUGAUGGGGUCUUGUUCGAUCAAGGUGCAAGAACAGCAUUAGCUUUUGUGACGCUUCGAGCGGAUGGUGAACGAGAAUUCAUGUUUUUCAGAAAUCCAAGUGCAGAUAUGCUCUUGACAGAGGCUGAACUUAAUCUGAAUCUCCUUAGAUCGGCUGAGAUUUUCCACUAUGGAUCGAUAAGUUUAAUCACAGAGCCUUGCAGAUCAGCUCAUCUGAAAGCCAUGGAGGUGGCUAAGGAAGCAGGUGCAUUGCUAUCGUACGAUCCGAAUCUCAGAAUACCGUUGUGGCCAUCAACAGAUGAUGCCCGUGAGCAAAUCAUGAGCAUCUGGGACAGGGCUGACAUCAUCAAAGUCAGUGAUGUGGAGUUUGAAUUCUUGACUGGACAUGAUACAGUUGACGAUGAAACAGCAAUAUCUCUUAUGCAUCCAGGGUUAAAGCUUCUGCUAGUAACCCUUGGAGAGAAGGGCUGCAAAUACUACACCAAGGAUUUCAAUGGAGCUGUUGAUAGCUUCAAGGUGGAUGCAGUAGAUACGACUGGCGCAGGUGAUUCGUUUAUCGGCGCCCUACUUUGCAAGAUUGUUAACAACCCGUCCGUACUUGAAGAUGAAUUAAAGUUGAUACAAGUACUGAAAUUUGCAAAUGCAUGUGGAGCAAUUACUACCACAAAGAAAGGGGCAAUUCCUGCCCUUCCCACUGAGUCUGAAGUUCUUGAGCUACUAAAGCAGUAAUGAGCAUGUUCAAAACUUUUUGCUUUAAAUUUUUGUUUUUAAGUUUCAAUUCAAUAGUAGUUUCAAAUUU